AUGAUGCCCUACGUAUCAGUCCGUUGCUUAAACUGCAACAACAUUGACGAGUUCCCCCGGAUGGACUACGACGAGAUCCCAUACUGUUCGCAGUGCGCUUCAACCACAAACCUCGUCCCCACCACGCCCCCAACCAAACCCCAACCCGGCCAACAACAAUGGUCCGACCCCACCAGCGACGACCUCGCAAACCUCUUCUCCCGUAAUCUCUCCCUCAUCGACCCACCCGCGACGCCCCCAACGUCCCCACCGGCAACAAUUAACUACUCCGUCUCCCAGCACUACACCCACCCCACCUACGCCCCCUUCCUCGCCCAGCAACAACAGCAGCAACCGCAGCCGCGCCCAGCUACAACCAUCACCACAACCGCAGAACAAAACACCUACAUCCAGUACCUCCUGCAAUCCAACCUCGGCUCCACAUCCUCCCAGAACGACCUCGAAAUCGCACUCGCCCACGGCAUCAUCGACCACAAUACCUACACGCACGCCCUCACCACGCACAACCAGCUCCUCCAGCAGCAGGCGCAGCAGCAGCAGCAGCAGAUGCGAGCGUCGCAGGCACUGACGGAGGAAUGCAGCGCCCAUAGUAUGCUUUCUGCGUCGGCGGCGACGAAGCAACGUUCAGACCCCGUGUACAGGACGUCGGAGUACUUCAAUGAGUAUUAUGGGGGCGUGAAUGACGAGUACUUGGAUGAGGACGAAAUGGCGCCGUGCAGUGUUUAUUCGGCCGGUGGCGGGGGGAGAUUGAGGCCGUUUGAUUUGUAG